AUUUUUAUUUCAAAUAUAUUUUAUCUCUAUACAUUCUAAGAAAAUAAUAAAUUUUUUUAGAAAUUACUCCAGUAUAUUUUCGCAUAUGUACAUCAUGUUAAUCCUAUAUGACAAUUUUUUUUCUGUCUUCACACACUUGACGGUGCAUUGAAGAAGAAAAAUUGAAAUACAAAAGAAAGUUUGCAAUUAACAAGAAAUUCUAAAGUAAAAGAAAUAAUUAAUAUUAAUAAAUAAUUAAUAUUGAGCAUUAAUUAAGAAUCACAUACGUGAAAUCUUUUGUAAAGUGGAACAUUUUAAAUAAAUAAAUAAAUAAAAAUACCAAAUAGCAAAAAUUCAAAAUUUGGAAAUCUCCCACUAAUUUCGAAGGGUAGAUUAAAAACCUAACAUCAAUUUACGUUCUUAAUCUUCUGAAUCCUUAUAAAUUUGUAAUUGAUUAGAUAUAUUCUCCAGCUUAGAAUUUAGAAUAUUUAACAAAGAAAAUAUGCAAAAUUUAAUAAUUUUAGAUCAUAAUUAUAAAAUAUAAAUCAUAUAAAAUAUAAUUUAAUAACUUAAAUAAAUAUUAAUUUUAUUUUAUUAUUAAUUUUUUUAUAAAUUCGAAAAUGAUGAAAUAAAUAAAUAUAAUAUAAAUAUAAUGGAAUAAAUAUAAUUUAUAGAAAAAUAUAUUUAUAUUAAUAUAUUAUAUAUUAAUACAUUAUAACCUAAAAAUUAACGUAUGUAAAUGCAUUUUCAUGAUUUGAACUAAAUCCGAAUAAAAUAACUAAAUUAUAAGUGUAAAAAUAAAUAUCUUGAAUAAGUUAUUAAAAAAACAAAAGCAAAAAUUUGAAAUUCUUUGUCAUCUUAAUUUUAAUAAUAUUAAUGAUUCAAAAUGAAUUAUAUUUUACUUAAAACUGUUAAAUAAAUGAAAAUAACCAAAUAAAUGAAUAUUAAUAAUUAUUUAUAUACAUAUAUACAUAAGUAAUAUAAAAUUAUGUUUAAUCUAUCAGGUGAUCUAUUGUGAAAAUAUAGUUGCUUAACCUCAUCAAAAACAAUAAUUUUGUAACAACAAAAGAUAAAAAAAAUAAACAUGAAUGUUUUUGUAAAAUCUCUGAUAUCAAUAGUUAAACCAGUAUCUCCACGACGUAUUUCAAUAAGUUGUAUAUAUUGUAAAGAUGAUUUUCAAGAUGUAAUUCAUCCAGAAAGCCAAGAACCGAAUAUACCAUUAUAUGUAAAACGUAAUGAAGAAAGUAAAGAUAUAAAAAAAGCUCGAUUAUUGUAUCAAUCUCGCAAACGUGGCAUGUUAGAAAAUGGUCUUCUUUUAAGUACAUUUGCUAAAAAAUAUUUAUGUGAUUUUGAUGAUAAACAACUUCAAUUGUACGAUCAUCUUAUCAAUUUGCCAACCAAUGAUUGGGAUAUAUUUUAUUGGGCUACAGGCGCAAAGCCAACUCCACCUGAAUUUGAUAAUGAAGUUAUGGAUUUAUUAAAAAAACAUAUCAAAAAUGAAGACCGACAAGCAAGAAUAAUGCAACCUGAAUUAUAAGUAUAUAGAACUUAGUAACUGUACUUAAUAGCUUCAAUUUUCACUUUAAUCUUAAAAAAAUAAAAUUAUGGUAACAUAAAAAAUUAUUUGAGUUUUUAGGAUAUUUUUUGUUAACAUAUAAAAAUAUAGUAUUUAUAUUGUAAAUAUAAUAUUUACAAUUAUAGAAUUUAUAAAAAUAUAUAAUUAUAAUGUUAUCUUUUAUUUAUUAUAUAUUAAUCAAUAUUAUUAAAAAUAUUUUUUAUUAUAAAAAAUUGUGUAUAUACAUAUUUUAUUUAUCUUAUAAAAACAUAACACUAUUGCAUUAUUUUGUGAUGAAAUGGCAAUUUCAAAUUAAUAUAAAUACAUAUAUGUUCUAAGUUACAUGGAGUACCAUGCUGUUAUAAAUAUAUAUAUUACAUAUUAAAUAUCAAUCUUAUCUAAGUA